CACUCAUUUUAAUAACUAACGAUUCACAAGUAUUUCGACUUUCUCGCUGAACAGUCAACGUUCACAGUUAUCAUUUUAAAAAUAAAAUAUUAAAAGUAAUUUAAAAUGGAUUUAUCACCAAAAGUUAAAUUACUUGAUGCUAAAAAAACAAGAGAAAUGUUAAAAGUAUUUAAGGGUGAACGAACUGGUUGGGUUAAAGUUGGUGAUAAAGAAUGGUUUUUUCCAUACAAAUAUUUGGAGCAAGGUAAAAAUUUUUAUAAUUUUAAAGCAAGAUCUGAUGAUACUUGGGUAUUAUCAUAUCCAAGAUCAGGUACAACAUGGACACAAGAACUUGUUUGGCUUAUUGCUAAUAAUUUAGAUUUUGAUACUGCUGGAAAUGUAUUACUUGCUGAAAGAUUUCCAUUUCUAGAAUUCAGCAUGUUCAAUCAUCCAGAAUUAACUGACGAAUUUUUAAAACUCAAUGAAAACGAUGAGGAUAAAAAAAAUCUCAUUAGAAAAAUUGCUGAACCUGGAUAUGAAGUAUUGGAAAAUAUUUCAUCACCAAGAUUUAUUAAAUCACAUUUUCCAUUUAGUCUUUUGCCUGGAAUUUUAAAUGUUGGCUGCAAGAUUGUAUAUGUUGCAAGAAAUCCAAAAGAUGUUGCUGUGUCUUGGUACCAUUUAAACAGAAGCAUCAAGACCCAAGGUUACCAAGGAAAUUUUGAAGAAUUUUGGAAUUAUUUUCAAGAUAAUUUGACACCUUGGAGUCCUUACUGGGAACAUUUAAAAGAAGCAUGGUCAAAAAGACAUAAUCCAAAUAUGUUAUUUAUGUUUUACGAAGAAAUGCAAGAUGAUUUUCCAUCAACAAUAAGAAAAGUAUCAAAUUUUUUGGGUAAAAAUUAUACAAAUGAUCAAAUAAAUAAAUUAACAAGCUAUUUAAAUAUCAAUAAUUUUCGUAAUAAUCAAAUGGUUAAUUCAUCUGAGCUUCGUGAUUGUGGUAUUAUUGAACCAGAUUCAUUUGUUAGAAAUGGAAAAAGUGGCACAUGGAUUAAAACAUUUAGCGAUGAACUUGAAAAACAAGCUGAUAAAUGGAUUGAAAAAAAUCUUUGUGAUACUGAUUUAUAUUUUCCUCUUUUAAAUAAUAAUAAUUUAUAAAUUUCACA